AAUUUGGUCUCAUAUGGUGAAGUAGUAAUAUUUUUUGUCAAAAGGAACACUGUUGUCGAACAUGGUUGGUGGAAUUAUAGAGCCAUCAACAUAACCUCUCGGGGUCUAGGAAAAUUAGCAGCAUCUUUGACUUGUUCUCAUGGGCACCUGGAAAUAGAGCAGGUUCUGAAAGUUGAGCAAGAAAUUUUCGUUCCUGAUCAUGUGAAAUUUCUUCUGGAUGGUAACCCAAGAUCUCAAGUUGUCCACCUUCCAUGGGCUCCUGCAGUUUACCAAGAGGUGGUGCUGAAGGCUGUGGGAGGUUGUGCAAAAGCAUCAGCUGAUUACAAAUGGUACUUCCUCAGAUGCUCC